CAGGUCAGAUAUUCUGCUCAGCCUUUUGUUCCGCAAAACCAAACAUGAACUUGUCUUUGAUGCUUUUGCUUCUUCACCUGUUAGGGUGUGUGGGAUGGUCUUUAUCACAGAAUGUUCCUCAGGGUUGUGAGAGGCCAACAGCUCCUGCCAGUGCAGACCUCAGGCACACGGCUAAGGACAGUUAUGGACAUCAAGAGAGGGUUGAAUUCAUGUGUCCGAAUUUAUACCUAAUGGAGGGUGGGCCCUUCAAAACGUGCAACAACGGUGAAUGGGUUGGAGAAAUAAGAUGCCUCAGACCCUGCACCUUGACCUCGGAAGAGACAAACGGAAGUAGCAUCAGAUUCAAAUAUAGCCGUAACACUAAAAUGUAUAUAAGCCACAAUGAUGAAAUUGAGUUCUCAUGCACCACAGGAAAACCUGUCGGUGGAGUGGCAAUGCGUCAGAGAUGUCGCGAUGGUGAGAUAAACCUGCCCACCUGCCAUUAGACGCCUUCAGUAGAAUGGAUGUGACAGCUGCUGCGUGUCAUUUGAAUAAAACUUCUCACACGA